UUGUUCUCGAGGUGUCUGCUGGCUUGACCGCAAUUCUUUUUCUAUCAUCCAUUUUAUAACAUUUCCUGCUGCAAUAGUGUCCCAUUACCUGCAUGGAAAAUGACAUUACGUUUUAUUGAUCUCCAUCGAUCUAUGUCUUGAAGACGUUCACAUGUAAAACAAAAAGUUAUAUCAUACUAUGAUGCGCUCAGCAGGGACACGUCAUUAUCGGGCGACAAACCCGUCCUGUAAAGUUGUUGUUCCAACACAUUCAUGGUCCUUCAAACUUAACAGGUAGAUGAAGAGCUGGAACCCGAACUCUUUCCAAACGGAUGUUCAAAUUAUAAACACGAGCAGCAUCGAAAUAAAUAUUCUGACAUGCUAUCCGUAAUAUGACCUCAAGCUUAAAGGUUGGUAAUGAAAAACCGUCGAUGUCGUAUUCAAGGAUCCAUACUUGUUCCAAUGACUGCUGCUACUAGGAACAAGGUGCUGUCUCUUUAUUCGAGGUUGUUUCGAAUUGCCCGAAACUGGCAGGCCCAGUCAGGUGUUAAACAAGACACAGAGGCUGAGAGAAAUUACAUUGUUCUGGAAGCCCGCAGCUUAUUCAGACAAAACCAAAAGUUAACAGAUCAAGAAUCCGUCAAGAGGUGCAUAGACGAGUGUGAAGCAAGGAUAGAAAUAGGUCUACACUACAGGAAUCCAUUUCCAAGAGCAUCGUACCUCCCGCCAAUGGGCCUGGCCACACAGAAGGGCAGGAGGCUGCUCGGGCAGCAACGUCUGCGGAGACAGGCCAAGCCCGUCUACCUGCAGUCACAGGACGACACCUGAGUCUCACCGGAGCCCGACGGAGGUCAUGUUACAGAGGUCACAUGACAUGGGUCAGGGGAAUGACCACUUUUCCAGCCAUUUAAAAAUAUAUAAGCUCUGCUGCAGAGAGCAAAGGUUACUUAAGUGUUACGGUUAAAGCACAGGCUACACUCAAAGGAACUGCAAAAUGUUUUCAUUUGUGUUCUGUGACAUUGUUUAUCGUGUGUGUGUGUAUAUAUCUUAUCACCUUAUUUAUAGUAAAGCUGUCUAUAUUGUAAUGUGAAAAGCAUCACAUUGUAUUUGGCCAUUUAUUUAUUUGUUUAUAAUAAAGAGAUAAGAAAAUACUAAA